AUGACAUUAAAAUGCCUGGGGUGUCUCAAGGAAUUCAAACAUGCUCGAGGACUCAGCAAUCACACCGUGCCAUGCAAGAAACACCAUGAGCUUACACAGAAGGGGCUUCGUGCGCAGGAAGUCAAACACCAGAAGAAGAAAGCAGAGAGGAAAGAGAAGAAACGAUGCUGCGAGGAGAUAAGGGAGGCGAAUACAGACCUAGUGGAAGGGGUCAAUCAUGAUUUGAUUGAACUGCAGGAGCUUGGACAAGAUGCCGGAGAAGGGAUGCCGAUUGAGCCUGCUCCUGGCAGUGAAGAUGCGCAUCCAGCGGUCUCCACGAGGUCUGGUCGACGACUUCGUGUCCCGAGAGGUCUCGCCGACUAUAUUCCUCAACCCUUCCAUGGUAUACCAGCACAUAUACCCAGGCCAAUGCGUCUGCAGAGGAGACGCAAGGGAGCAGCUGAUCCAGUUGAUGCUUCGCAGCUAGAGGAAGACCGCGCUGCUGACAUCACUCCUAUGACUGUGGAGGAUGUUCCUGAUAUAGAUGCUGCAGACCUUGCUAUCAAGACUGAGCUGAACACCUUUGGAUUGUACCGAGUCUAUGCAGUCAAACCCCAGAAGGAUCCAGAGGAUGAAACCACCCUGGAUACAUUGUGCGACUCACCCACCCUAGCUACUGCACCAGAAACGACUGCGCGAGGGCGUAGUCCUCUUCACCAUUUGCGCCAAACGUUUGCAGACACUCUGCAACACACGCGUGAUAAUUUCUUCACCCCCUUCCUGAACGCCACGACCUACCGCCUUAUAAACUGGAUGUAUCGGCCUUCUGAUACGAAGUCCAUUGAAGAAAUGGACAGUCUCGUUCAUGACCGGCUAGACAAGCAUUCUCAGACUUCAGAUGCCUUCUCUGCUGAUGAUGUCUGGGUUAAAGGUACUGUCAAGAUCCACUUGCCUAAGGAACACACUCGAUUCAAAUCUGAGGCCGAUGCCCCCGAAUUUGAAGUCUCCGGAAUCUACUACCGCAGGCUUCUCGAGGUUAUCAAGGCCACUUAUCAAGACACUGCAGCACGGACGUUCCACUGGAUACCGUUCAAGCUAUUCUGGCGCCCUCACUAUGACAGCUCUGAAGACUCUGACUCGGAUGAUUCAGACGACGAUGCUGGCGAUAUUCGAGUUUACACCGAGUUGUACAACUCCGAUGCCUUUCUCGAGAAAGAUGCGCACAUACGUUCUCAGCUGCGUGAGCUGAACGAGGAUCCUAACAUCGAGAUCGCCAUCGUGCCAAUCAUGUUAUGGUCUGACUCAACACACCUGGCAAGUUUCGGGUCUGCAGCACUUUGGCCAAUAUACGCGUACUUCGGGAGCUUAUCCAAGUAUGUACGCGGUAAACCCAGUUCAUUUGCCACACACCAUCUUGCAUACCUACCGAUGUUACCAGACACAAUUCAGGACUUCUACCGGGAAACUUUCGGCAUUGCUGCCACCACUGCUGUUCUCAAAUACUGCAAACGCGAACUGAUGCAGGCCAUCUGGCUGCUGUUGCUUGACCUGGAGUUCAUACAUGCGUACGAGCAUGGCAUACUCAUACACUGUGGCGAUGGGAUCCUGCGACGACCUAUUCCGCUGACUACCCAGAGAAAAUUCUGCUCACAUGCAUAA